AUGGACCUAAACCUGAAAAGAAAAGCUGUCAAUUUUAUUUUCGUUUGUUUGAAUGAUGAUAGCAGUACUAGUGAUUCAGAUGAUGAAGAUGACUUAACAGACUUUUUGGCGGCAAUGUCCGACCUGAAUCCAAGGAGAAAAAAGCCCCAAAACAGGCACAGGCAGAGAAAUUAUGUAGAAAAUGUGGUAGUCAAUUUCCGCAUUGAUGAAUUUAAAACUUUUUUCCGUAUUGGAAAAGUCAGCAUGCAGUGCUUACAAGAAAAAAUAUGUGAGACUUGCUUGGAACAAAAUUUAUCAGGUAUUUUAUGUCGAGAGGCAGCAGGAGGAACUGUCCAGAAACCUCUUCCAGACCGAAUUCUGAUGUUUCUAUGGUUUAUGUCAAACCAAGAUAAAUAUGCCUCAAUUGCAGACAGAUUUGGAAUGAGUGAGUCAACAGCCUCCUAUGCAAUACGCAACCUAAUAGCAUUUAUUCACGACCAUUUGUUAUCAAAAGUAGUUGUAUGGCCAACAAUUGCAGAGCAACAAGAAAUCAAAGACAUGUAUUGGGAUCUAAAAGGCUUCCCUGGAGUUGUUGGGAUGAUCGAUGGUACCCAUAUCUCAAUAACUAAACCAGCAGAAAGAGGUGUUGACUACUACAAUAGGAAAGACUAUUAUUCAGUCGUAUUGCAAGCAGUGGUGCGGGAAGACCUGCGAUUCAUUGAUGUUUUUGCGGGAUUUCCUGGUAAAGUUCAUGACGCAAGAAUUUUCCGCAAUUCUCCUUUGUUUGUAAAUGGACCAGCCUUAUGUCGUGAUGGUCACUUAUUGGGAGAUUCAGCAUACCCAAAUCUUACUUGGCUGUUAACACCAUUUCGGGACAAUGGUCAUCUCACUGAGGCACAGAUUCAAUUCAAUUAUGUACACAGCAGCAUUAGAAGUAAUGUUGAACGAUUGUUUGGAAUACUGAAAGGAUGAUUUAAACGUUUGAAACACAUUGACCAGAAAAACGUCAAAGACAUUGUAAGAACAAUACUUACUGCAUGUGUUUUGCACAACAUCUGCAUUUUAAAUCAUGACGAGUUUGAAGAGCUUGUUAAUGAGGACAAUAAUGUACCCCAGUUGCUUCCAGUCUUUGAAAAUUAUGAUGAAAAUGUGUUGAACGGCGGAGCCAUCAAAAGACUUAAUAUUGCAAGGCAAUUGUGAAAAGUUUUACAUAUUCUAUUAAAAUUCUUGAUAUGUGCAACCAGGUUUUUUCUUGACUUACUUGCAUUUUAAACAGAUGAAUAAUUGGAUAUUUACAAACAAGUCUAGAUUUUAUGAGAAACGAUUAUUUAAUCUCUUUAAAGUAAAACAAACAAAAAGAAUAACAUAUUUCAUAAUAUCAACUCUUUAGCAACAACAAAAAAUAUAUAAAACAGUAGCAAUAAAAAAGAACAUAUAACACUGACCAAAAAAGAUUAAGACUAAAAUAUAUUGGAAAUCUUUCCCCCAAAAUUACAAAAACAAUGAAAACAAAUCACAAACAGCUUAAUACACAAUGCGAUCUGAAGGGGUGCUACUAAAUCAUUCAUGGCAAAGAAUAUGGCACACAACAUAAACAUGUAGAUCCCUGAAAAAAAGAUUUUAUUGCAUUGUAUAAACAUUCUCUUCCUGAGAAACAAACAUGAGAAAUUAACAUAAUUUACUAAAGGUAAUUAAAAAAAAUAAAAAAAAAAUAUGCAGAUCCCUGGGCCCUGAUAGUAAGCUGUGGAUCAUAUGCAUAUUUCUGUACACAGAAGUUGCAACCUAACAAUCUCAUAAAAUCUGUUCACAUGGCUAUGCAAAUACAAGUGAGUACUACUCAAUUUUUCAGGAUAUUUUCAAGGGAUAAGUAAAUGCCCAGUUGGCCAAGGUGUACGGUACUUAGAUCUUCUGUAUUUCAACAACACAGAUGGUAUUUCUUCUAGAUUGUUCAGAUUUAAAUUUACUUGUCCAACAAAUUGAUUUGCGAUUUCAGCAAAAAUAUGCAUGUCUUCAGUUGAGCUAACAUCACAUUCUACAUCACAAUACUUAAGAGACGGAAUUUCCUCAAGUACACAUUUCAAUUGUCCUACUGAUAUUUGAC